AUGCGGCGACUAAUUGCGCUUCUCCUAUUGCCCGUAGUUUAUGGACAAGUUGUUCAAGAUGACCUCGAGAUGUCGGCGGAAGAUUGCCAAGCAGCCGGCUUUUAUCCCGAUGUUUUGAAGUGUUCUACAUGCGAGGAGUUGCUGAAAUUUGAACUGGACUUGAUCUACACCGAUUGCAAGCGGUGUUGUAUCAAAGAAAAAGAGGCCGAGCACGAGAAAUUUCCGAUCGCCCACGUGGAAGUGUGCGAAUGCAAUCUCGCGCGGUUCCCGCAGGUUCAAGCCUUCGUCCACAAAGACAUGGCCGAUCAGUUUGGCGGCAAGGUGAAGGUGAAGCAUGUCCGAGGUGUGCGACCCCAGAUCAAGCUCAAGGACUAUUCCGGCAACACCAAGCAGCUACUGAACAUUGAAAAAUGGGACACAAACACAAUCAUCGACUUCUUGACGCAAUGGAUCGAA